UACCGGUGCGAUAGUUCUAAGAUAAUACAAAUACCUUAAUAUUUUCAAAGUAAAGUAAACAAAUAAGUCUGUGUAUUUGUUAAACAAGCCAUUAUUGUUUAAUGAAUUAAAAGCAGAUGCACCUUUCACAGAGGCAUGUCCCAUCGAUCUUGUAAGCUGAAAAGCCUCCGGAUUGCGUGGCAGUAAUUUUAACAAGGGACCCGUCAUAUAACUUUGUGAUAUCUAUACCCACUGUAUAAACGCACACAGUCGCGUUCGAUCGUUCAGAUGAGCAGUAGAAUGGGUGAGAGUCAGCCUCCCGGAAGCGUUAUCACUAUCAAUGGUGCUUCGUUGGCGGAUACGCCGCGGAAAUCAUCGUCCGCGGAGCCGCCUCAGGAGCUCCGCAUCCUGUGCUUCGACCUGACCUUUUACAAUCGAACCACUCAGUUCCUGUUGAGCUGUGCCGGUGUCUUCAUCCUGUACAUACUCUAUGGCUACCUGCAGGAGCUAAUCUUUACCGUGGAGGGAUUCAAACCAUAUGGCUGGUUCCUCACCCUUGUGCAAUUUGGCUACUACAUAGGCUUCGGCCUGGUGGAGCGGCGGUUGGAGAGUUUUCGGGCAAGUGGAACUUCCUUUUGGAAUAUAGAACCUGCUCCACGAUGCAUACCCAUGAAAACCUACUUGGUGCUAGCUGCGUUGACCCUCGGAACCAUGGGAUUGUCCAAUUCUAGUUUGGGUUACCUCAACUAUCCCACCCAGGUCAUCUUCAAGUGUUGCAAACUCAUUCCCGUACUGGUAGGCAGCAUCCUCAUCCAGGGCAAGCGAUACGGCCCACUGGACUUUGCAGCCGCUAGCUGUAUGUGUAUAGGAUUGGCCUGGUUUACAUUGGCCGAUUCCCAAAUGACUCCCAACUUCAACCUCCUCGGAGUGGCUAUGAUUUCAGGCGCUCUUCUGUGUGAUGCUGCCAUAGGAAACGUACAGGAGAAGGCGAUGCGAGAAUUCAAAGCACCCAGCAGCGAGGUGGUCUUCUAUUCAUAUGGUUUAGGAUUCGUUUACCUAUUUGUGAUCAUGCUGGUUACAGGAAAUUUCUUUAGCGGCUUUGCAUUCUGCUUGGAGCAUCCUCUUGAAACCUUCGGUUAUGGAUUUCUAUUCAGCCUUUCCGGAUACUUGGGCAUUCAUUUCGUUCUCGCUUUGGUGAGGAGCAGUGGAGCUCCAAUAGCCGCCACGGUCACAACAGCACGUAAGGCUGUAACCAUAGCCUUUUCCUUUGUGCUCUUUAGCAAGCCCUUUACAAUCCAAUAUCUAUGGUCCGGAUUGGUAGUGGUCCUGGGAAUUUACCUUAAUGUCUAUAGUAAAAAGAACAAACUGACCUUUGCCGACAUCCGGCAGAAGCUUAUGAAGAUGGGCUACGCGAAGUUGGUCAAGUCACCGAGUCGCAAAUUUCUCAUCGAAGUUUAGUUUGCAUACCAAAAAUAGAAUUUGCUACUUUACAUUUUUAGUUAAAUUGAAACAACAGUUUUCUUUAAGAAAACCAUGUACUAUAUUUACUUAAUUAUACACUGAACGACUUUAAA